ACCGACUGACAAGUGACAGUAGCCGAGUAGUACGAGCUCUUGCUGGACUCACAGUCUGGGAUUUUGGAUUAAGGCAGGUUGGCCAUCUGGCGGUGACCUUGGCGGCCUGCAUCAAAACACCCCGUCUAGCAGGAACAGGGAAGCGAGUUUCCUUGAGCAGGACCAGGCGAGCCGAGGUGACAUCACGACCUGACCCACCUGGGGACAUGAGGACCUGAAAACUCCACCGUGCACUGCCACCAUGGAUUCUGACCCGGAAAAUCUCGAUAAGCAGUUCAGCAAUCGCCUUUUGCUGCGCCAUGCCAGCCAAAACUCCCUUGAUGAGAGUUCUCAGAAACACAUUCCUCGCUCGGAGACAAAGCACAAGCUCCCUUACAGGAACCCGCAGCACUUUCCUCGGGCAUUUGAUAACCUGAACUUGAUGAGAAGGCAGAGUCAGCUGUGUGAUGUAGUCCUUGUGGCAGAUAGUAUGGAGGUGCCAGCCCACAAGAUGGUGCUGGCUUCUUGCAGUCCUUACUUUCAUGCCAUGUUCACCAGUUUUGAGGAGAGUCGGCAAGACAGGAUAGUGCUGCAGGGCAUUGAUGGAAGUGCACUGCAGCUCCUCAUUGACUAUGUGUACACAGCUGAGGUGCUGGUGACUGAGGAGAAUGUUCAGGUUCUGCUGCCAGCUGCUAAUCUGUUGCAACUGACAGAUGUAAGAGAUGCAUGCUGUGACUUCCUUCAGUCACAGCUGCACCCCACCAACUGUCUUGGUAUCCGAGCCUUUGCAGACAUUCAUGGUUGUCUGGAGCUGCUUUCCAUCGCAGAGAGCUAUGUGGAGCAGCACUUCACUGAGGUAGUUGAGUGUGAAGAGUUCUUGUCACUAACAUCCCAGCAAGUGACGAAGCUUAUCUCCAGUGACAGACUGACCACACCCUCUGAAGAAAAGGUGUUUGAGUGUGUGAUGAGCUGGGUGAAUGGUGACCUUGCUAACCGGGAGCAGUAUUUGGCUGAGCUGAUGGAGUACGUACGGCUGCCGCUGCUCUCGCAAGACUAUCUUAUCCAGCGAGUGGAGGAGGAACCAUUGCUCAAGCAGGAUGCACAGUGUAAGGAUUAUUUAAUCGAAGCCAUGAAAUAUCAUUUAUUGAAAGGAGAGCAGAAGGCCCUCUUCAAGUCUCCUCGAACAAAACCCAGACAACCAGUGGGGCUUCCUAAGGUGCUGCUGGUGGUGGGAGGUCAAGCUCCCAAGGCAAUACGUAGUGUGGAGUGUUAUGACUUCAAAGAUGAGCGGUGGUUCCCUGUGGCUGAGAUGCCAACCAGACGCUGCAGGUGUGGUAUAGCUGUGAUCAACGGGAAGGUGUAUGCAGUGGGUGGCUUCAAUGGCUCACUGCGAGUGCGAACGGUGGAUGUUUAUGACCCAGCACGUGACUCCUGGUCCUCCUGUGCCAGCAUGGAGGCACGCAGGUCAACUCUGGGUGUGGCAACUCUCAGUAACUGUAUUUAUGCUGUUGGUGGCUUUGAUGGCUCCACAGGGCUGAACAGUGCAGAGAUGUAUGACUCAAAGGCACAUGAGUGGCGAAUGAUUGCACCAAUGUCCACCCGGAGGUCAUCUGUUGGGGUGGGAGUUGUCAGUGGCCUGCUGUAUGCAGUUGGAGGGUAUGAUGGAGCAUCCCGGCAGUGCCUGGCCUCAGUGGAAUGCUACAGUCCUGAGUCAGAUGGGUGGACGUCAGUGGCUGAGAUGUCAGCACGCAGAAGUGGAGCAGGUGUGGGUGUGCUUGAUGGGCUGCUCUAUGCUGUUGGAGGUCAUGAUGGGCCAUUGGUCAGGAAGAGUGUGGAGGUGUUCAACCCAGACAACAAUUGUUGGAGUCCUGUGGCUGACAUGAACCUGUGUCGCAGGAAUGCUGGUGUCGUAGCGCUCAACAGUCUCCUCUACGUGGUCGGGGGAGAUGACGGCACCUCCAAUCUUGCUUCUGUGGAAGUGUACAACCCCAAGACAGAUGUGUGGACGUUGCUGCCAGCUCACAUGGGCAUCGGCCGCUCCUACGCCGGUGUUGCCAUCAUAGACAAACCAGGUUUCUGAGAGGAGGCUGAGGGGGAGAGAGAAAAAGAAGAGGGUGCAGGUUAAUGUCUGUGAUCUUUAGUCUGGGAGUCCUGCAUCUCUCCCCCUCUCUGUGUACAACAUCCUCUUAGUGUGUAUUAAUUUUUUUUUAUUUUUUUUAUUUAUUUUUUAUUUUUUAUUUUUUUAUUUUUUAUUUUUUUAUGUGUGUGCAUUCUUGGUGAAAUUAGUGAGGUAUGUUGCUUGAAGCCUCCUGACUGUACUGUGGAUUUGGGCAACUUUUCUUCCAUUCAUGGCAGCAACUGUGUAAAUUCCAUAUAUCUUUUUGAAAAAUUUGUGUUGGGUAGUCUAAAAUGUGUGUUUUUGCUAUAUUUUAUAUAUAUAUAUUCCUUUUUCAGAGAUAUUUUUUAUUAAGCUCAGAAUUAUGGCUGGUACCAUAUUAGAUAUAGAAUCUUGAAUUACAUUAUUGCUUUAGUUCCCCCUUAAUUAGUUCUUAUAACACGUCAAAAGUUAUGGAGUUCACCAGUUUUACUUGCAAGUGAUCACCCUACUCAUGGCUCACUCAACAGGCAUGCAAAGGUGAGUUCUGGUAACAUUAUGGGUUUUCAUGCAACAUAAAGGAAGAAAAAAGAAAGGCUUACUUAGUUGCCAGUCAUUAUAUUAGAUAGAAACAAUGUAUGACCAGUUUUCAAAGCAGCCACUGGUCACAUGGAAGGACAGGGAAGUCUUAGUGAUAUGACUACACCAAGUCUGUGCUGUAUAAGUUCUUGCUAUAUGAGAAAUUGAUGUUAUGAGCAACUUCAUACUUUUAUGUUAUCUGUUUAGCUACAGUAUAGUAAUGAGGAUAAUUUAGUUGGUAAUUUUUGCCUAGUCAGAAAUACAAAUGUCAUUUUUCCCAUAAUUUGUUCUGUUUGUUAUAUGAGAAAUCACUGUUUAAAUACUGUUUGAGUAAUCUACAUUACUGAUUUGCAAAGCAAAAAGAGCUACUGCUCUGUAAAAAAAAGAAGCCUUUAGUGCCUUUCAUGAGCAGUGUGUGUGGAAGGUCUUAGCAGUGACCUGUUACAUAGACUUAUGGACUCUGUUCCCAGGGGAGUGCAACGAGUCAUGUACAGGAAAUUGAAUAUAACCUGGUUCUCAUCCAGUUUUCAUCAUUUAUAGAACAAAAUCGUCAUACAAGUUGACCAUCAAUGCUGUGGCAUUGUUUAAUCCGAAGCCUUGUUUAAUUCAAUAUUUUCAGCUGGCUACACUCUCUACCUUUUAAACAUGCCAUGGCUGUGUGACUAGUUCACUGUGUAUGGCUGCAGAUGACAUUACAAUCAUAGCAUGGUACUGGCAGUCUAUCUAAGAAGCCCUGCACUGUGUGUGUAUAACCAGUGUUGAGCAGAAAAUUUUCUUUCCUUGGAUUUCUUAUUUGUGACCCUAAUUUCAAGCUAGCUGUGGAUUCAAAAAGAAGUGAUGAAUCUAUAACAAAAAAAGGAAAAGUGGAAGUGCUGCAAAAGCUGAAGUGUGGUGUUUCUGUUCAUCACCUAUGUGAAGCUUAUGGCUUAAGAUCAUCAGCUGUGUAUGAUAUAAAGAAGCAGUGGGAAAAGUUGAAGCAGUUCCUCACUGACAGUGAGUCAGAGAAAUGUGCAUACAAAAACAAUGAAAGAUGGAAAAAAUACAGAUCAUGAUUGAGUUAAGAAGCUGUUAACACAUUAUUGAUAGUGUGUAUUCGCACUGCAAAUAUGUAAAACUUUGUUCAUGUGAGACAGAAAAGGCAGCAGCAUUUGGGAUAGUAUUAGAUCCCAGUAAAAGAUCUAUGGUGACAUAUAUCAAAAUGGCAAAAGAUCUAUGGUGACCCUGUUAUGGAAAACAAUGUUAAACUAAGACAGCAGAAUAGUGAUCCCCUCAGAUGGGGAAUGUAUCAUGUGAAAUUGGAUUAUUUGAAUUUUUAGAUCAAAGCUCAUAAAAGCCAGAUUUGUAUGACAGUAUCUUUAAAACUUUGCUUGUAUCAUCUGUUUUCAUAUACUGUAUUACUGUACUUUUAUAGCACAACUUCCCUGCACUAAUGUCUUAGUACAAAAACAUUUCAAAUGAACCUCUUGUAAUGCCUUGUUGAACAGGAAUUUGGGCCAUGAGUUUGAAAAAAUUUGGUUUUAAGUUUUAUGUCCUUUGAAGAUCAAACAUAUUUAAUCUCAGUUUAGUUUUUCCUGAAUUUUGUUUGGUGAGAAAUAAUGUUUAGAGAUGUGUGAUGGUAUGUGUGUUGUUUAUAUUAAUGAAAAUUCUUAUGUGGAGAAAUUAUCAGAAAUUUUUAUAUUUGAUCACAACCCCAGUUGGUGAACUUUGUUUUUCCAAAUUUUUGCUUGAUGAAAAUAAUGUAAGAAAUAUAGUAAUGUGUGGUUUAUAUCAAUGAAAAUCCUUGUUUGGAGAAAUCACCAGAAAAUUUUGGAUUUGAUCUUAACCCUAAUUGUUGGAUCUGUUUCUCAAGAAAUGCCCAGCCUCUUGGGUCUUAGCUGGCUACAUUGCUCAUAUAUUGAGGUAUUUUUUAGUGGCUGUCAAUGAAAAGUGGUCAUACCAAAUUGCUGAUGUCACUGAAAGUUUAAGUUGAAUGCUAAUCCUGUAUACUUUGUAAAAUGUCUUUGAAUACAAUUAAUUGGAUUUGUCAUCAGAAGCUGAAUAUUGUUUAUUUAUUUGGGAUGAUAAGAAUAUGUUGAAUAUGAUCAAGAUUCAUCUUAUAUUUAUAUGUUCUUGUUAUGGCCAUGUUGGAAGGAAAACCUGUUUGAUUUAUUCCAAGAAAAUGUCAUCCCCAAACAAUUUUUGCUAGUUGGCAUUGCAUUAAAUGAUAUUACAUGCUCACUCUAUAUUUACUUAGCUAUGUAUUACAGUGUGUGGGAAAGGAUGUAUUUUCUUCAUUGAGAUCAGUUCUCAUGCAAUUACCUGGUCUAUACUUGCCUGUCUGCUUGCAUAAAUGGGCCCACUGUAAGACUGCAAAAAUGAAUUUUGUAAUACUGUUUAUUGAAAGUUUCUUGGUGACACUUUGUCCCUGUUUUUAUUAAACUGCAAAAUUGCUGUAAAAUAGAAACCCAGGGUUGGCUGUGGCUUGCAUGGCAGUCAUGCUAAUUGUUAACAGUCACAAAAUCUGUGGUCAAAUCUUGGUGCUAACCCCUUGACUUACCUGAAUCUCAGUAAGAUGACCUCAUGCCCCAUCAGGCUCUCAGGGUCACACUGACCUCAUUACCAUGACAGCAGCAGUGCAGCAUUGUGGUGAACCCUGUCUUCCUUGGCCUCCUGUGUGUGUACCAUUGAUGAUAUGAUGUGUGUCAGCCACAGGAAGAGACUCACUGUGUUCACUGUUGGUGUGUGGGAAAAGGCUACAUAAGCAUUGGUUCACAGGAUGAUGGAAAGAACCUUUGUGGAAUAACUAGACACUACAUUGGAUUUCUUGAGCUUUGGUAUGCCUUGUAUGUGAGUGCAGCUGUUAUGUCUCUAUGUGAAGAAGAAGACUGUUAUGCUUAGCUUAUAUCAUAUCAAGAGCUGUGUUAGUUUGAAGAGUUUUUGCUGGUAAUUGUUGACAUUUGGAGGAUGAAGGCUUUAUCUUCAUUCCUUCUUUCAUGGAGUGUGCUGUGGGUUACUAUCUCUUUCUUCCUAACCUAGUAGCAGCACCAGUAAUUCAGCCUGCAAUAUAACUUAAGUUUAUCCUAAUAAGAGAAUCUGAGUUCUUUCUUGGAUAGCUGAACAAGAGAAAUGGGAAGAGUGUUACUGUGCCAUUGUGGGCAUGUUGUGUAUCUUUUUGUAACAGUUUUAAUGAAGAAAGCAAUGAAUACUGUAGGCUCAGUAUUCACUGUCUAUCUAAAACAAAUGUAUUUUCUCCUUUACAAAAUGUGAUGUGAUAGAUUUAUUUGAUAUCAUAAUUUUCGCUCAUAAUAAGGAAAAUCUUAUUUGAUGUUUUGUACGAUGAAUCCCUUGCAAAACAAUUUCUUAUUGAAUGCGGGACCAAAGCUACUGAAAUUCACGUUAUUUAUUUAUUUUUUUUAUUUACCAUAUGGCCAAUACAAAACAUACUGGAAAAGAUUAUUUUGGCCUUAGAGCUGAGAGAAAAUACCUUAAGAAUAACUGUUAGAUAUUAUUCCACUUUUUUCCACAUGUUAAUUUUUGAAAGAAAUGUGAUAUUUGUGAAGCAUUAAUUGUACUGUAUUAUACAGUGAGAUUCCUUCAGCGUGCAAAUACUUCAACAUGAUGAUGUACUAUGGUGUUGUCUGCAGGACUCGGGUGGUGAAACCUUCAUAGCAAUAUAUCUGUCUAUCUAUAUACCAACUUGACAUCCCCUUUAACCCUCUAACUGCCAGUAUCAGUAUGACACUUGCUACUCUGAGGAAUUCUGAGAUGUUUUAACAGAGAAACCUUUAGUGUCCACUGCCACAGGUCCUUAAGGAUGUGAAGUAUGUAUUCAUCGGUCACUGUUCUGUCAGUGGUGUCUUUCAAAAUUGUGCUUUAAACUUGCACCAAAGCUUGAAAAGUCAUAGCAGUUGGAGGUUUGAGGAGAGGAUAUCAAUACAAGGUGUCUACAUACAUUCACCUGCAAUCCCUCACAUCUUUGCCCCACUAGGGCUCUAGCAAUACAUAUUGUAUUUUUUUUAUUCUUAUUUCUUUAUCUAUUCUCCACAGAAAUUUGUAAUGAUAUUACUCACUUUCAAUAACUGUGUGGACAGAAAACAGUGUUCAUGGGUAAUGGUGUUGUUGAUACGUGGCUCAGCAUGAAAACUUGUAAUGUGAUAUUUGCCGUGACACACAUACAUACAUAUGUGUAAUGCAGACAAGUAGAUGUGGGGAUAGGGAAACAUUAACUGGACUCAAAUCAUGUAUGUAUACUGUAACUAGGUAAAUACUUAUGUGCUCAUACCACCAGGCACUGUGUGUGUGUGUGUGUGUGUGUGUGUGUGUGUGUGUGUGUGUGUGUGUGAGAGGGAGAGAGAGAGAGAUGUUCUUUUUAUAUUCUGUUUUUAUUUUAGAAGUUCUGAGUAUGGUGAAUCUGUGUGCUGGUUAAAUGUUUAUGGCACUGGUAUCAUUCACCAAGUUCCAGCUGUGUGUGGUAAAUUACAAAGCAUAUGAUGGACAACUUUACCAGUUACCUAUGUAUUGUUAAAGAAAGACACAAGUCUGAGAUGAAAACUGGAAGAACAGUAUAUAGCAUAGAAGAUAAAUUGCAUUAUGAAGUGUAUGAAUGCAUCCUUUUGAAAGAUGUGUACCACUGUGUGAGGAUGAUGGGUCAGUCUUGCUUGGAGAGACUGUGCUAAUGUCCUCUUGUCCGUGUCUGAUGCCAUCAGUUGAUGUAAAGCUUUGAAGAAGGGAAUUAUUUUCAUUAUUGUGAUAAAAGUAUUUGUUUAAUCUUAGUAGAUAUAACUUUUAAGCUACAACUCAUAUCUGAUAGAUGUUUAGCUCUGUCACUCUUCAUUCCUGGUGUGUGAGGAAUGUGUUGGUUGGCUGGUGUGUGAGUGACGGCUGUCUUGGUGAGUCGGGGCUACAGCUUCUUGCCUUGGUUUGACUUGGCUUGGCUUCCCCAGCAGUGCUAACUGCCUCUUCCCCAGCUGACUGAUCAAACAGUAGUUUUCUGAAUUUAUACCAACAAGAAUAACUAGUACAAUACAAAGUGCAGUAAAAUUAACAUUAUUAUAAUUUUUUAAGUCUUGUACAACACUUGUCCAUGUAUGACUUUAAGAAGUGAAAGUUUUCUCUACAUUAGAUGCAUAAUUUUGGUUACUAUGUAUAACUUAAUUUGUAGAUGUGCCACACUUUGUGCAUGGCUUGAGAGAUGCCUAGGAGUGUGAAGGUUAGAUUUUGGAGUUCUAGAUUUGUCCUAUGUUUUAUGUAUUUAUCUUUUUUUAUUUUUAUUUAUUUAUUUAUUAUUAUUAUUAUUAUUGUUAUCAUUAUUAUUAUUAUUAUUAUUAUUAUUAUUAUUAUUAUUAUUAUUAUUAUUAUUAUUAUUUAUUUAUUUUUAUAUUUUUUAAUCAGAUGAACAAAACUGUCCAACAUAUUAGUGGAAUCUUAUAACCAUACAGUUGAGAACUUUUUCCUUGACUGUAGCACUGAUGAUGGGCAGCUGUGAUAUACAUUCAUACAUACUAUAUACAUUCAUACAGUAUCUACAAGAAGUUCUUGCUUGUGCCACUGAGAAAAUUGCUUUAAAUCAUGUCAUCAUAGCACACAAGUAUAUUUCAGUAUUUGGCAGCUGUGUGUGUGUGUGUGUGUGUGUGUGUGUGUGUGUGUGUGUGUGUGUGUGUGUGUGUGUGUGUGUGUGUGUGCUGUAUGGUUCAUGGCAUCAUCUUUCUCCUGAGUUUGCCUCAAGCUGACAAGACACAAAAGUGUUUAUUUCUAUUUUAUCCUCAGCUUUAUGCUGUUCCUAUUGAUUAAGUGGCCCUUUUGCUACAUGUAUAUUAUGCUACUUUUUUUACAUUUGAAAUGAAAAAAAGACAUGGCCUUGCUUAGUUCAGGAAAAGUGCCCAAAAAAGAUGUAAGUGGCAUUCUCUGAUUAGUUAGAAUGGAGCAUCAAACAUUUAAUAGUUUAGUUUUUACUAUACAUAUGUUAGCAGCCUUGCUGAUUUCAUGCAGUAGACAUGCAGUAUAUAGAUGGUCCAUAAAGUCAGAGGAGAUAUGACAAAAUGGUUAAACAUCAUUCCCUAACAUACUAUUGAAUGGUGGAGAUUUGGGAGCAGGACAUAGAACUUCUGUAGAUACUGAUUGGUUGUGGUCAGAAGUCAUGUAAUCUUGCAUACUCCUUUCCAGUUUGUUCUGUAUUCUCUCCCAGUCCUUAGUCCUCAAAAUUGUUGGCAAUCUUCUCAAUAAACUAAACAAAUGGCAGAUUCUAAGCAUACCAAAAGAUUUCAGAUUGAAGAAAGAUGUUGAACACAAUGGAAGUGAGUGCAGAAUGUGAAAUGACUUUUGUUCAUGACUAUACAUAAAGAGUAUAUAUAUAUACUCGUAUAUAUAUAUAUAUAUAUAUAUAUAUAUAUAUAUAUAUAUAUAUAUAUAUAUAUAUAUAUAUAUAUAUAUAUAUAUAUAUAUAUAUAUGCAUACAUACAUGCAUACACACACAUAUUACUUGGGAAGACAAAUUUUACAUAUGCUUAAGUCCUUGUUGGUGGUGUGUGGGUGUACAUUGUGCUGCUGGGGUGCUGGGGGUGUCUCUAGGCAGCUGGGCAGGUGCUGGCUUGUACGAGUACCUUACCUGCACUGAAUCUGCUGCUGCUACUGUGUGUGUGUGUGUGUGUGUAUGUGUGCGUGUGCGUGUGUGUGUGAGUGAGUGAGUGAGUGUUUUAUGUGUGUGUAGGGAUUUAUUUAUUUCACCUGAAUUUUCAUGAUGUGUUCUGCACUGGCUACCGGCGAAGUGUAUAUUGUGCACUGGCCACCAGCCAGCAGGUAGAGAUUUGACUCCUGAUGUGACGCUGAGGUGGGAGAGGCAUUCAGUGUAAUGAAAAAUUGCCUUAAAAAGUUUGAUAAUCCUUUAUUUUCUUAUUUUCAUGUAGUGUGUGUGUGUGUGUGUGUGUGUGUGUGUGUGUGUGUGUUCAUAUGCAUUGUCCCAGGUGUUGGUGCCCAAACAAAGCUGUAAACUGUUACUGUGUUGCUGUUACAUGACACAAGGUUUUCAGUUGUGGCACAGCCUUUGUUGUCUGCUUCUGCAUUUUCUGUAAAUAUGCAUAAGGAUUGGGUGCAUAUUUGCAUGCAACAUAUCAUUUUCACCAACAUUAGAGAGAGAGAGAGAGAGAGAGAGAGAGAGAGAGAGAGAGAGAGAGAGAGAGAGAGAGACUUUCUCUAUAAAUUGCCAAUGUCUGAAUAAAGUGCCCUUGAGUGUC